AUGAUUGAAGAAGUCGAAUACUACGAGUAUGAAGAAGAAGUUUGGGAAGAGGAAGACGACGAGGAAGUAUUGAUUGUAGAUGAUUCACCUGAUACAACAGAGUUUUACAAAUACGCAGAAUUAAACACUUGUAUCUUUAAUUACUGUGCAAUUAGACCAUAUAAUGAAAUCUUUUAUAGCAAAGAAAAUGACUUAAUAAUCAUAAAGCUUUUAACAAAUGUUCUUCCCUAUUCAUUGCAAAGCAUUCUUAAUUUAGGCUGCUCUCCUAUUCUUUUGGAAAUACGAAUUAGGUUAAGUGAUUAUGACUGGUGCAAGCCACCGAAGUUAAUUAAAGUUGAACACCCAGUAUACAAAUCACAUUUUGUUGGAAUUAACUUAGUUAAAGGUUUAUUUGAAAGAUUCUUUUCCCAGAACUACAAAGUUAAAGAAUAUUAUAGAUCAAAACCAUUUCUUCUUGCCUCAAAAUCAAAGUAUGACAAAUUAAUAGUAAAUGAGAUUACAGGUCUUGGGUUCACAGAGAAUCAAGCAAAUUCUGCUCUAGAACAAGUUAAUGGUAAACUGCAAGAUGCAAUAAACUUACUUCGAACCGGAUUACUUCCAACAGGCUAUUCUAUGAAGUAUUCAUCAUCAAAUCCGUUACUAUCUUACUCUGACUGUCCAAUUCUUUAUCUUGUCCUUGAAAUUGUGGAUAUUUAUUUGGAUUUGACGGAUCAUUGUUGUAUUUGUCGCAAACCAUUGAUCGAACCUACAAUAAAGCCAACUCUUUGUGAAGGUGAGAUGUGUAGAAGCCUUUUCGAAUCAAUAGGAAUUGGAACUACUGUUUUACAAGAAAUUAAGCGUGAUCCAAUUGUGGCUGAUCUACUUUUAACUAUGUUUUCUACAGCAAUAGGCCAUUUUCUUGAUCCUGCUCCACCGAAAUUUUCAAUACAAAAAAUGAUUUCUAUUUUUAAUGAACUUCCUAGUGUGGAUGUAUUAAGAAGUUUCAAUUCUGAUCAGGAACUCUGCCAAAGAAUAGGAAUUGACGCAUAUGAACUCAUUAAAUGGAUCUUGUUGACAAAUAAGAGUCAUUUUUUGGCAUUGCCGAAUGAAUUGAAGAUAAAUGAGAUUAAUGCGCGGUUUCAAUUCUUGACACUGAUUUCAAGCGUCCAAAAAGAAGAAGAAUUCAAAAAAUUAAAACAAAAAUAUGGCAGUAUAUAUCUUUGGCAUGGUUCUGGAAGUGACAGAUGGUAUUCAAUACUAAGAAAUGGCCUCAAAAACUGUUCAGGAACCAAACUGAUGAAAAAUGGAAAUAGACAUGGUGAUGGAAUCUACUUUGCUAAGCAUAUUGGUAUUUCAUCGUGCUAUAUGCAUCAAUCACAGAAUGUUUACAAGGCGUCAAAGCUCAGUGUUAACAAAAAUUUUAAUAUGAUCGCUUUGUGCGAAGUAAUUAAUGAUGAGAAGUACUUAACUGAGCACUCAAACUUUUGUCAUACAUUAACGAAUGAAAAACUGUGCAUUGUAAGAUUCUUGUUCAUUAACGUAAAAACGGCUGAGUUCAAUACUUUAGUUCAAAAAUUCAAACGAAUUCCUGCCCUCUCUGAUGUGUUGAACUAUUAUGCAGAUGAAGGAAAAAGAAAUUCUGAUAAUGUAAGGUAUGUUAGUGAAAGAUUAGACAAGGAAAUAGAAAUAUAA